CUCUCUUUUCCCCCUUUAGCUUUCUCGCUCCAUCUAUAGCUUACCUAUUUUGGAACCUUAGCUUAGCUUUUUGCAUUCCUAGCUAGCUAGCUAUUUUCAUAUAUACUUUUCUUCUGCUAAUUUCUCUCUAAAUCUUCCAUCAUAUCAUGUCUUCCAAUCAAAUCCUCCAUAACAACAAGGGAAGUUCGGAAUCAGUAGAGCAAGGGAAAAUGAAGGUGGGUUCAGGUGCACAAGAGGCGGGGAAGGGGAGAAGCAGGAUGUCGGAGAACAUAAAACACGGCUACCAUUUGGUGGAAGGAAAGAUGCGUCAUGCCAUGGAAGACUAUGUUUUCGCACAGUUUAAGGAAGUUGACGAUGAAAACGAACUCGGCCUCUUCGCAAUCUUCGACGGCCAUUUAAGCCAAGAGGUCCCCAAUUACCUUCGAUCUCACCUCUUCGACAACAUCCUAAACGAGCCAAACUUCUGGUCUGAACCGGAGAGUGCGAUCAGAAGAGCAUAUCGCAUUACAGAUUCCACGAUUUUGGAGAAGGCGGCGGAGUUGGGGAAAGGAGGCUCCACGGCCGUCACGGCGAUUCUAAUCAAUGGUCGGAAACUGAUCGUGGCCAACGUCGGCGACUCACGCGCCGUCAUCUGCAAGAAUGGGGUAGCCAAACAGCUGUCGGUGGAUCAUGAGCCUGAAAGAGAGAAGAAGGUUAUUGAGGAUAGAGGUGGUUUUGUCUCAAACUUUCCAGGGGAUGUUCCACGAGUGGAUGGGCAGUUGGCAGUAGCAAGGGCAUUUGGUGACAAGAGCUUGAAGGAGCACCUUAGUUCAGAACCAGAUGUGGUGACAGAGGCCAUAGAUGAUCAAACUGAGUUUCUUAUUCUAGCAAGUGAUGGAAUAUGGAAGGUAAUGUCGAAUGAAGAUGCAGUGAAGUGCGUUAGAGGUAUAAAAGAUCCUCGGACAGCCGCCAAGCACCUUAACGUUGAGGCCAUCUCCAGGAAGAGUACCGACGAUGUUUCCUCCGUUGUCGUAAGGUUCCGCUGAUAUACAUAUAUAGAUACAUAACGGAUUAGUUUCCCUCAGGGGAAGACGAUAUGAUGCAGUUUUUUUUUUUUUUUUUUUUGCUUGAGAUGAUAUAAUAUAUUUAAGUGGUAGGUCCUUAGCUUGUAUUACAAUCCUCUGCACUAAAUUUGAUUCAAUAUUAUUAUACGUAGUUGUUGU